AAUGAUGCUUCUCCAUGCCUUGCUCCUAGCCUUGGGGUUGACACUGGUGGAAACCUCGCAACCUGCACGACGCUGGACCUAUAAUCUGAAAUGCCAUGACUGUGCGACCAUAAACAACUUCAAUUGUCCAGAAGUUCGGGUGUGUGUCUAUGAAAUCAGGCGCUGUUUGACAGUCUCCAUUCGUUUGAACCCUCGCGAACUACUCAUUUACAAGAACUGUACAAACAACUGUACCUUUCUGUAUCCAUACCAAGUGCCUCCUGAAGCCCCUAAAACCGUGAAAACGAGUCAUUUCUAUUGGGUUCGUUGUUGUAGUACAAUGACUUGCAACGAAGGAGGGCCUACUCUGGAGAGGGACAUCUCCCCCGAUGAAAUAAUUGAGGAGGAGGUAGAAGGAACUGUGCCCUUGGGGGAGUCAACGUUUCUCCUGAGCUGCGCCUCCAUCCUCAUCAGCAACACGCUGACAUAGAAGCCCUGUCAUCAUCCCCCACCCCCACUUCCUCAAAGCAAG